UUCUCUCUCUGUGUUUGUGUGUGAGACUUUGUUCUCAUUCUUUCUUUUCUUGCCCAUAUAUACAUAGAAAGCCUUUUGCUUCAUAAUAUAUAUAACUAAAAUUCCUUCCACAAACACAAAAAUAGAAAGUUGCAAAUAUUGCACUAAAAACACUAAAUACGCACCCAGUUCCCUUCUUCGUUAAGCCUUUUUGUUUAUAAAAUGAACUCUCUUUAGGGUUUCUUGUAAAAAAUUCUUCUGCUUUUGAUUUCUUUCUUUUUUCCAUUGGUUGGAAAUUUUUUUUUUUUUUUGGGGUUGGGAAAAAGAAAAAGUGUACACAAAUUGAAAUGGGGAGAGGUAGAGUUCAGCUGAAGCGAAUCGAGAACAAAAUCAGCCGGCAAGUGACAUUUUCGAAGCGCCGGAGUGGGUUGCUGAAGAAAGCUCAUGAGAUCUCGGUGCUUUGCGACGCCGAGGUUGCUUUGAUUGUCUUCUCAACCAAAGGGAAGCUGUUUGAGUACUCCAGCGAUUCCAGCAUGGAGACUAUUCUUGAACGAUAUGAAAGAUAUUCAUUUGCAGAACGACAGCUUGUCGCCACUGAUUCUGAAACACAGGGAGGCUGGUGUAUGGAAUUUCCUAAGCUUACCGCUAGAGUGGAAGUCUUACAAAGGAACAUCAGGAACUUCAUGGGAGAAGAUCUCGAUCCCUUGAGUUUCAGAGAGCUUCAAAAUUUGGAACAACAGAUUGAUGCAGGUCUGAAGCGCAUACGAACAAGAAAGAAUCAACUCAUGCAUGAAUCUGUUAUGGAGCUGCAAAAGAAGGAAAAAUCCUUGCAGGAGCAAAACAAUUUGCUAGCGAAAAAGCUCAAAGAAAAUGAGAAGAACAUGCCUGAGCAAGCACACCAAGAGCAACCAAGCUUAGGCCUGCUAUCCCUACCGCAGCAGCCAAUGCCAUCAACGCUACCACUUCCUUCUCUAACUAUCGGAGGGGCUUUCCAGGAAAGAGCAGCAGAUGAAGAUGUUGGAGUUCAGACUCGGCCUACACUCAUGCCACCUUGGAUGCUUCGCCAUGUGAAUGGAUAGAAAGCUCUCCCUAGCCACCCAAAUGGGUUUUGGCAAGAUAUGAAAUUAAAGUUCUCCAUGAUCACAAAAUUGCUGUACCACAUGACUGUAUUUUGAAAAUCGAACUAUUUCAACGCUGCACCUUCUAGCGUCAAUAAUAAUUUUAUAAGGUCUAAACUUCA